AUGGGGCGCAAGUUGGACCCUACGAAGGAGAAGCGCGGGCCUGGCCGAAAGGCCCGCAAACAGAAGGGCGCCGAGACAGAGCUCGCCAGGUUCCUGCCUGCAGCUGGCGAAAAUUCCAAGAGGCUGUCUAGUCGUGCUAGAAAGAGGGCAGCAAAGAGGAGGCUGGGGUCUGCUGAAACCCCUAAGACAAAUAAGUCUUCUAAAGCCAAACCUUUGCCUGAAAAGCUAUCAAAAGGAGCUGUCCAGACACCGGGUGAGAAUGGAGCGCAGUCCUUAUUUAAUGCUGCUCGGGGCAAGAAGCGCCCAGCACCAACCCAUAGCAGUGAUGAGGAAGAGGAGGAGGAAGACUCUGAAGCAAAUGGUGUGGUGAACCAGGGGGACUUCUGGGGCUCUGAGGACAGUGAUGCUGAUAUGGUGGAUGACUAUGGAGCUGACUCCAACUCAGAGGAUGAUGGCGGAGGUGAAGAGUUGCUGCCCAUUGAAAGAGCUGCUCAGAAGCAGAAGGCCCAGGAAGCUGCUGCUGGGGGCCAGUGGAGUGAGGAAGUGUCGCCAGACUCGGGCCCCACGAAGGAGCAUGAGGCAGACGGGGGCCUGCAGAUCAAUGUGGAUGAGGAGGAGCCGUUCGUGCUGCCCCCUGCUGGGGAGCUGGAGCAGGAUGCCCAUGCUGCAGACCUGCAACAAGUUCACAAGCGGAUCCAGGAUAUAGUGGGAGUUCUGCGUGACUUUGGGACUCAGCGGGAAGAAGGUCGGUCUCGUUCUGAGUACCUGAAUCGGCUUAAGAAGGAUCUGACUGCUUAUUACUCCUAUGGAGACUUUCUGCUUGGCAAGCUCAUGGACCUCUUCCCUCUGUCCGAGCUGGUGGAGUUCUUAGAAGCCAACGAGGUGCCUCGGCCUGUCACCCUCCGGACCAAUACCUUGAAAACCCGACGCCGAGACCUUGCUCAGGCUCUAAUCAAUCGUGGCGUUAACCUGGAUCCCCUGGGAAAGUGGUCAAAGACUGGACUAGUGGUAUAUGAUUCUUCAGUGCCCAUUGGUGCUACUCCUGAGUACCUGGCUGGGCACUACAUGCUUCAGGGAGCCUCCAGUAUGUUGCCCGUCAUGGCCUUGGCACCCCAGGAACAUGAGCGGAUCCUGGAUAUGUGUUGUGCUCCUGGAGGAAAGACCAGCUACAUGGCCCAGCUGAUGAAGAACACAGGUGUGAUCCUUGCUAACGAUGCCAACGCUGAGCGGCUCAGGAGUGUUGUGGGCAACCUGCACCGGUUGGGAGUCACCAAUACCAUCAUCAGCCACUAUGAUGGGCGCCAGUUCCCCAAGGUGGUGGGGGGCUUUGACCGAGUACUGCUGGAUGCUCCCUGCAGUGGCACUGGGGUCAUCUCCAAGGACCCAGCUGUGAAGACUAACAAGGAUGAGAAGGACAUCCUGCGCUGUGCUCACCUUCAGAAGGAGUUGCUCCUGAGUGCUAUUGACUCUGUCAGUGCCACCUCCAAGACAGGAGGCUACCUUGUCUACUGCACCUGCUCUAUCAUGGUGGAAGAGAAUGAGUGGGUGGUAGACUAUGCCCUGAAAAAGAGGAACGUGCGGCUGGUGCCCACAGGCCUAGACUUUGGCCAGGAAGGUUUUACCCGCUUUCGAGAAAGGCGCUUCCACCCCACUCUGCGUUCCACCCGACGCUUCUACCCUCACACACAUAAUAUGGAUGGUUUCUUUAUUGCCAAGUUCAAGAAAUUCUCCAAUUCUAUUCCCCAGUCCCAAACAGGAAAUUCUGCAACAGCCACCCCUACAAACCUAGACUUGCAUGACCUGAAGGGUCAGGUCAUCCUCACAUCUGAGAACAGCAGCCAGUCCGCUAAGAAGGCCAAAGGGGCUGCAAAGGCCAAGCAGCAAUUGCAGAAAAAACAGCAACAUCCCAAGAAGGCCUCUUUCCAGAAGCUGAAUGGCAUCUCCAAAGGGGCAGACUCAGAAUUGUCCACUAUACCUUCUAUCACAAAGGCCCAAGCUUCCUCUAAGUGCCAGGGUAGCACUCAACCAGCUGAAAAAGCUGAAGUGAUUGGGGAACCAAAGGUGACUGGGAAGCUAAAGCCACAGUCAUCUAAAUUGCAGUCCUCCAAGAAAGUUGCCUUCCUGAAGCAGAAUGCCCCUCCCAAGGGCACAGACACAGGAACAACUGCUGUGCUGUCCAUCUCCAAUUCCCAGGCCACCCCCAUGCCUAAGGACUGUGAUCAGCCCCUUGGGAAGGCCAAAGGGGCAGAGAAGGUAAAGCAGCAGUUGCCAAAGCAGCCUUUCCAGAAAGCUGCCUUUCAGAAGCAGAAUGGCACCCCGAAGGGACCUCAGAUUCCCACUGUGUCCCCCCUCAGUUCCAGCCGGCCCCCACCAGCAAAAAGGAGGAAAUCUCAGUCCAGGGGCAACAGCCAGCCACUUUUGUCUUAGAUGGGUGGAUGAAAAGUAGACUGGGGUGGCUCACUGACAUUGUCACUGGGUUGGAAGUCUUACCUCUGCGAGGAUUGCUUCCCCACUGCAUACACAUGAAAUUUAAUACACGUUUUACAACCUCUGGC